AUUAGUUGCAAUGGCUGAAAAAAAUUACAAAAAGUUUCAAUGCUAAUCUGAGUAACUGUUAAAAUCCGUGAUAAACCGAAAAUCAAGACUAUUCAAAAAUUUGAACACACUAAAUACACGUCCUACGCUUAGCAUAAAAACAAUAUAUAUCAGAAAAAGAAGAAGAAAAAAACACUUCCAUCACAACAACACUAAUAAGAACAAUAUUCAACGCGUUCGACAUAAUUUCGCAAUGCAAUUCGAUUGAAAUAAACAUUUCUGAUUAGGUUACGUGUGACAAUAUAGUUUCCGUGUGGAAUAAAGUCGAUAAUCUGGAGUCGUUUAAUAAGUGUUUGGAGCCAUGGGUAAACGAGCAGCCGCUGCAGCCGAAACGCAUUUGGAAACACCGAAAAAGCGCAUAAAAUAUGAUGGCCCAGCGAUUCAUUCACCUGUUCCAGAACAGACGUUCGUCCUCAACAAGGACAUUGUGGAUGGUGCAAUCAUGACUGAUAUCAGAAAGAACAAAUGGCGUGUCGGUAAACCUUUUGGUAAAGGAAGUUUCGGCGAAAUUUUCCUAGCUUCCAACGACACCAAGCGCGCAGUAACUUCCGCUAACGCUAACUAUGUGGUCAAAAUUGAGCCGCACAGUAGCGGGCCACUAUUUGUCGAAAUUCAUUGCCUAAUGAAUACCGGCAGAUCAACUGAUGAAUCUCCACUUCCACCCGGUAUGGCCGAAUACAUUGCGUCUGGAUCGCAUACAUUCAACAAGAUUCGGUACCGGUUCCUGGUGCUGCCCCGAUACAAAUUCGAUUUGCAUUCCGUUAUUAAGAAUCGCUGUAUCGACGAGAAGAAUUUGCUGGUGAUAGCCAUUCAGACCCUGGACGUAUUGCAGCAUUUACAUGGCAAGGGAUACGUUCAUGCCGAUAUCAAAGCGGCGAAUAUGAUGAUUGGCAGUUGUCCGAACCAAUCGACUGAUCGAACGUACGAUGAUGACGCUGAAUGUAUAUCGGACGACGAGCAAUCCGAUUCCAAUGAAUCCAUUUCGAACAAGUCGGCAUCGAUCAACGAUGAGUCCCAGUAUUCAACGCCAUUGUUAUGGUCACGACCGCGUGUCCGAAAUAACGUACAAUUCAGCGGAUCGAAUCCCAUCCGUUCAUGCCGGAUGUCACGCAAAACGUCGGUGUACGACGAGAUGCUGAACCAUCAUUAUCACAACUUGCGGCCGCACAAAAAGAUUGACUAUUCCGACGAAGCUGACGAUGACACGGAAAAUCUUAAUUCCAGUCGAACGAAAGACGAUGAUUCGGAAGCGAAUUCUUACUACAACAAAGUGUACAGCCAAAAGAGAUCAAAUGUUCAACAGCAGCCAGCCCAAACGACGGAUGGCGACGAUCGCAUUUUCCUCAUUGACUUCGGUUUGGCAUUAAAGUACCUGGCUAAGAACGGCACACACAAACCGUUUUGCAUGGACGAACGACGGGCUCAUGAUGGUACACUGGAAUUUACCUCUCGUGACGCUCAUAUGGGCGCCCAUUCACGUCGCAGCGAUUUGGAGUGUCUCGGCUACAAUUUGAUUUUUUGGAGUCAGGGCUGGUUACCAUGGGACAAUGAGAAGCUGCUCACUCAACCGGAACAGGUGCAUCGGGUCAAAGAACACUUCAUGACUGACAUCAAAGAAAUGCUCAAGCAAGUUUACGGCGACAAAGUACCCAAAUAUUUGGGCGACUUUUUGGAGUACGUCGGUGAAUUGGCCUAUCCUGCGACACCCGAUUACGAUUUCUGUCGUGGUAUAUUUCGCAGCGCACUGCACAGAUUGGGUGUCAAGCCGAAGGACAUGAAAGUUGACGUGAAUUCUCUCAAAUCCAGUCCACGAUGCACGGUGAAAGACGAAUUGAAGAAACAGAACAAAAACAAGAAUGUCAAAGAGAUAUUCAACAUUCAAUCGCUGCUUCCGGUGCGAACAAAUGGCUCGGCGAAAAUAUCGCCGAAAAAUCUCCGGUCAAAGUCGGACAAAAUACCGAAAAAACAGCGAAAGAAAUUCUCCUGGACUGAUGUGCUGAACAGUGAUCCGGAUCAGAUUGCCAAACAGCGUGCCGAAAAGGAAUACGAAAAUGUACCGACAGAGACACCUCUGAUUGUUAAAUACGCUGGUAAACCCAACAACGCUAUAUUGAGACUGGAAAAUCGAUUGAAAUUCAAAGAUCGACUAGAUAUUAAGGAAGACAACGACGAGGAGGAGGAGGACAAGGAGGAGCAUAGUGACAAUGAGAUUAAACCUGAUUUAGAUAAUAGAAAGAAAAAACUCCUACCACUGCAACGUGACGAUGUGAAGAAGAUCCUACCGCUUCAACGAGACGAUGUGAAGAAAAUCAAUGGCAUCGGUUUCAACGGGCAGGAAUCGAUUCGACGUCGCAAAUCGGGACUGCGUCGUGUCAUUCGCAUACCGAGCAAAUGUGUCCGCUAUCGCGCUACUCUAUCCAAGAAACGGCGGAGCGGCAACUCUGAAUUCACUCCGACCGACGAAUCGUCGUGCAGCAGUAAUGCAUCGAUGAAGGACACACACGCGUCAAUGUCAUCGUCGGUCAGCGAUGAGGAUUCACGCGACACAACCGAAUACACACCCAUCAAGACGAGAAUCAAAACGAAGCCAACGGCAGCUGGUGCAAAGAGAUCGCUGAAGCGGAAGUUGAUUCGAACGCCCAGAAAGGCCCAAAGAGACGAUCAACUGAAGCGAUCAAUUAAUACACGUAGCGGUUAAGUACACAUUGAUUUAUAUAAGAUCCGUUGUAAGAUGAAUGGAUAGCCAAUUUACAUAGUUUUUCAGUCUAUGUAAUAGUCAAAUGCAUUGAAAAUGCCACUGUUGCAUUCAAACGAAAUGAUUCGAUUAUUUCAACCGCUUUUCUGAAGUUUAUUUGAGUUAAUAGUCUGUAAGUGUCUGUGGAAGAGGCGAUCGUUUUGCGUGGGCGAAGGAUCCGACUGAAACGAUUUGCCGGACAUAAAUUUACUAUAAAUGUAUUAACGAUUAUUAUCCCAUUUACAUAAAUCAUAAAAAUGAUAGACUACUACUACAAUAUAGUAAAAAAUAAGUUUAAAAAAAAACC